AUGUCGUCGAUGCGAGGACUGGUGCAGUUCAUUGCGGAUCUGCGCAAUGCUCGCGCCCGAGAAUUGGAAGAGAAACGCGUGAAUAAAGAGCUGGCAAAUAUUCGACAGAAGUUCAAGUCUGGAAAUUUGAACGGCUACCAGAAGAAGAAAUACGUCUGCAAGCUGCUCUACGUUUACAUUCAGGGUUACGAUGUUGAUUUUGGCCAUCUCGAAGCUGUCAAUCUUAUUACUUCGAGUAAAUACUCCGAGAAGCAGAUUGGGUAUUUGGCUGUCACCCUUUUCCUGCAUGAGGAACAUGAGUUGCUUCAUUUGGUUGUCAACAGUAUUCGGAAAGAUUUAUUGGAUCACAACGAGUUAAACAACUGCCUGGCACUGCAUGCAGUGGCUAAUGUUGGUGGUCGAGAGCUCGGAGAGGCUUUGGCGAACGAAGUCCACCGACUCCUGAUUUCACCAACCUCAAAAGCUUUUGUCAAGAAGAAGGCUGCUCUCACACUACUCCGACUCUACCGUAAAUACCCGGCUAUCGUCCGCAAUGAAUGGGCCGAGCGCAUCAUCUCGAUCAUGGAUGACCCCGACAUGGGUGUCACACUCUCCGUCACCUCCCUUGUCAUGGCACUGGCUCAAGACCUACCGGAAGAAUACAAGGGCAGCUACGUCAAGGCGGCACAGCGGUUGAAGCGGGUUGUCGUCGAUAACGAUAUUGCCCCUGACUACCUCUACUACCGCGUACCAUGUCCGUGGAUUCAGGUUAAACUGUUGCGUCUGUUGCAGUACUAUCCUCCAUCGCAGGACAGCCACGUGCGAGAGAUCAUCCGCGAAUCUCUAUCGCAAAUUAUGCAAUCCGCCAUGGAACAACCCAAGAACGUUCAGCAGAACAAUGCUCAAAACGCCAUCCUUUUCGAAGCCAUUAACCUCCUCAUCCACCUUGAUUCCGAACAUCAACUCAUGAUGCAAAUAUCUGCUCGUCUGGGCAAAUACAUUCAGUCCCGCGAGACAAAUGUCCGAUACCUUGGUUUAGAUGCGAUGACCCAUUUCGCUGCCCGGGCAGAAACACUUGACCCGAUCAAGAAGCACCAAAACAUCAUCUUGGGCUCACUGCGUGACCGAGACAUCAGCGUGCGUCGUAAGGGAUUGGACCUGUUGUAUAGUAUGUGCGACACUACUAAUGCCGGGCCAAUCGUCAACGAGUUAUUGAAAUACCUUCAAACCGCCGACUAUGCUAUUCGGGAGGAAAUGGUGCUCAAGGUAGCCAUUCUGACCGAAAAAUAUGCCACGGACGCGCAAUGGUAUAUUGAUAUGACCUUGAAGCUGUUGUCUCUUGCUGGUGACCACGUCAAUGAUGAAGUAUGGCAACGAGUGAUUCAGAUCGUGACUAAUAACGAAGAGUUGCAAGCAUAUGCUGCUCACACACUUCUCACUUACUUGAAAUCCGAUUGCCACGAGAGCUUGGUAAAGAUUGGCUGCUACGUUCUGGGGGAGUUCGGACAUCUCAUUGCUGAUAACGCUGGUUCAAGUCCGAUAGAACAAUUCAUGGCACUCCAGGCCAAGAUGUUCACAGGCACUGACAACGCGCGCGCCAUGAUUCUAUCCUCGUUCGUCAAAUUCGUCAACUUGUUCCCCGAGAUCAAACCUCAGCUCCUGCAAAUCUUCCGCCUGUACAGCCACUCCCCCGAUUCUGAAUUGCAACAGCGAGCAUUUGAAUACCUCUCGCUUGCCACCCUUCCAACUGAUGAUCUGCUGCGGACGGUUUGCGACGAGAUGCCCCCCUUCUCUGACCGGACCUCUAUCCUCUUGUCAAGGCUUCACCAGAAGACCGCCGGCACCAGUGAGAAGAAAACGUGGGUGGUCGGUGGCAAAGAUGCCAAUGCCGACAAGCAGGAAGUUCUCAUGGCGCAGAACACUGGCCUCAAGCGCACGUUCACUACGAUUGUCCAUGGCACUCGAACAGGCUCGAACGGAACUCCGACCAGUGCAACCGGCGCAUCUGCAUCCGCGUCGGGUGAUUUGGCUGGCCUGGAUUUCACUGGUCCAACAGCACCUGCCCCGAACAUGGCUAGUGCGGCACACUUGACGCCAGAUUGGGAUAUUGGAUUCAACCGACUCUACUUCUCCAACGAGGGUGUUCUCUUCGAGGAUUUACAGAUCCAGGUGGGAGUGCGCUCCGAAUAUCGUGGCCACAUUGGUGUUGUGAAGCUGUACAUCAGUAACAAGUCGACAUACCCCAUUGGCUCGUUGACUACCACCGUCGACAACCCUUCUGCUCCGAACCUUAAGAUCGACACUAAGAACCUUCCGGAGACCAGCGUCCCUGCUGCCGGUCAAACACAGCAGACUCUGUUUUGUGCAGCUCAUGGUCCCUUCAUGGAAGCACCUACCAUUCGUAUCUCCUACCUGGCUGGUGCUCUCCAGGCAUACACACUACAGCUUCCUAUUUUGAUGCACCGAUACAUGGAGCCUUCUUCCCUAUCGGCCGAAGAAUUCUUCAAGCGAUGGCGCCAAAUUGGUGGUGGCCCGCUGGAAGCACAACAUACCUUUGGCCCUAACGGCAAGAACAAGAUCAUCAACGAGUCAUUCACGCGCGAGACCGUGGAAGGAUUCGGCUGGAAGAUCCUGGACGGCGUGGACCCGAACCCGAAGAACAUUGUCGGCUGUGCAGUGUAUCAGUUUGAGGGAGGCAAGACCGGCUGCUUGUUGCGACUGGAGCCCAACUACGAGAAAUCGAUGUAUCGGGUUACCAUUCGCGCCACAAAGGAGGGCGUUCCGCAGGGAAUGGCGCGACAGAUGGAGCAGAAACUGUCGCAAGGAACAGGCAACCUGCGUUGA